AUGACCACGUUUGUGAGUACCUUUCUUCCGGUGGGGGAUCGUUUGAGCGACCCGGAUUACGCUGAUAACGCAGUCCAGACAGUACUGUAUUUCCCCAAGCUGGCAAUUUUUGCUGAGACAACAACGAUCUAUUCUACCUCAUACAAGCCCAACGAUUCCCAUGGGCCCAUUGGACUUACGUACCUGAAUGAAAGUGUUAAUAACGGCAUCAUCUUAUCCGUUUCAAAGCGGAGCGCGUCCUCAUUUCUCUGCCUAUCUGCUAUUGUAAAGGAUAGUGACCCUGACAGUCUCUCUGCUCUCAAAUUCCUCCAGCAUAGGAUCAGUGUGAGGCGUGAUGUUGGUAAUCCAGACGUCUCAGCAGAUUUACACACUCUGGAAUAUCUUCUAAUCCAUAACAAGAUGUACACCACCUACACGGUGUACAGUGUGACUGAUGCUCAGUGCGAAUUAAAGUACGUUGCCCCCACGUCAGUACCCUUGAUUGGAGCCAUCGCUGUGGAGGGGACGCCAUUUAUUGCUGCCACUGGUGUUUCAAAAGACGGCUAUAACUUUACAUUUGAUUGUCUUCUUGAUGAGGAUAAUGGGGGGAAGCUUAUCCCUGUGCGCACCGUUAAACAGAAAACAGGAGACGUCACAUCCUUCGUUGACACAGCCCUUUACCCCGCCAUCAAUAUGAUAUCUGACCGCCCCUCUACCGCAUGUACUACUCCUGCAACGACAGUCAAAGACUUUGUCCAUCAGGUUAGCUCUCGUAACACGCGCGCUGCAUCUGAUGUUCUGUAUAAAUUUUCUGCUGUCCACCUAGAUUCUAGUACAAAAACUGUGUACUACAGAGAGUACGAUUUGAAAUCGACUAACUUACGAGUCAUACAUGCCCCAGGUACAAAGAAGUCGGAUAAGCACAAGGCAGCAGACUCAGUUGAUUAUAGUGCGACCAUAGAAAGCUUCAAGCCAACUGUCCAUUAUACCAGGACGCUCAUUGUUAACUCUGCGGUGCCCAUUGUUCGUAUUGCAGCGCUAGUUAUGCCGUAUACGCAGAACUCGCUUCUCAAUGACAAGUACGCCGUUAUCACAGACUGCGGUGACCUUCAACUUUAUUCCAGGAGAGAGCAGGCAGACGGUCCUUCUGCUAGCAUCAAAGUGUUUUCUAAAAAGCUAAGACGAGCGUUCCUUGUGCCUCUCAGAGAUGGAGUUAUCAUGCUCACCUCUUCUACCGGGGAGUCUGCUUUAGUUGGCAUAGAUGGCAAGUGGAACUCCGACAAAAAUAUUGAAGAAAUGCGGGGCCAUCUCUGCAAAAUCUUUAUUGAUGAGUUCUUAGCAACUAAUCCUAAUUACGACCAACAGAAUUUGAGACACGAGCUGUCGAAGGACCUUCUCCCGCCUAUUGACUCCUUUUCCAAGUCAGUUCAGGUGAAGAAGCACAUAGAUAAGCUAGCAAUAAUAACCACCUUCUCGUACAAUUCGACUGUCACCUGUGCCUCCACGGCUCCUGAUCAUAAGCUUGUUUGUUUGGGCUUGACAUCCCGAAAGUUCAUCUUUGUGCCCACAGAGCCGAUCAAGAACAGGGCUCUUUUGUCAAGCUAUAGAGGUAAGCUGAGCCGCGAAACUGCUAAUAAUCUGCAGGGACAGUACACAAAGUAUGAUGUAGAGGCUGCAGUGAAGGAUACUGUCGCGUACUUGGCCAACCGGGGCCUUAAUGGUCAGCAGCUCAUGGAGCGUGUUAGCUUUUUCUUCGCAUUUUCAAAGGACGUGGGGCACUCAGACUUUUUGCCUGUGCAAGAAAGUGUUCUAGAUGUUGCAAAUCAUAACCACGAUGCUCCAUCAGAUACGAUUGAAAUGCUCUCCAUUCUGGCAUCUGUCACUAAGGACGAGGUUCUGGGGAAGUCUAGCUUGGCGGCCUAUGACCCUGAUCUCGGGAAAUCCAUGAUAAACGACCUCAGGGAGGUGAUGCGCAGUACGUUAAGGACGGUCGCCGUCCCCGGUGUCGGAUCCACGGCGAUCCCAGGAGAAGGAGCCCUUCAGGCUUCCGAUCAUCAUCUUCUUGCAGAUCAGCUUUCGGACCAUACUGGAACACGCUCUAAACGAGUUGAGUUCCUGGAGCCAACGCUGCGUGGAGCAAAGCUGUCGACUGCAAUUAAUUUCACUCUUGCGGAUCUGAGUGCCAUAGAGACAAGAGGAUUAACUGAAGCUAACGGCUCCCACGUUGCUGCACCGAUACACUCUGCCAGCGGACUUUAUCAGACAGAUCGAAAUGUGGUGCAAGAACCCCCAGAUCACGCUCAUCUAGACUCAUUAAUAGAGGAGAAUUUUAAGAAUCAUCUUGUUGAUGCAACUCGUAACCUUUUAGAGUCGGGCUUCGACUGUCAGAGACUUUUUAACGCCGUCGAGGAAGACGUGAAAACUGCCAUACUUAGUAUGAUGAAUGUUUCUGACCUGAAUGAGGACUCCAGAACUGCGCGACUGGCAGAUCUUCCAUUGGUGCCUCAUCACGCUGAUGAGCGUGUCACGUCAGGCAGAGACGCAAUGUUAGAUGAAUAUCCGGCUGAGCCAGGGGUUAACGUUCCCGUGUCUCUCUUGUCUGCGGCUUGGCUUGGAGCAAUUAGUAAUAGUCUAGCUGUUAGGGAUACUACGAGACAUCCUGUACAGCUUCCUGUGCUUAGCAACCUAGGCGGCGCCAAGUUGUUGCUAACUCAUUACAAGGAGAUCCAGGAAAAGAAAUAUACUUUAGUACGGAAUAAGUUUACUUUGGCGCUAGAGCUACUAUUAGCUGAUGAUCCUCUUUUUUUGGCAGCCUCCUGCUCCGCCAGGGGGUUGUCUAGCAUGAAGAAUUCAUAUUAUUUGACAGACUAUAUUCGCCGGGAGCAUGAAGAGAUCUCACAGUGCCCAUACUGCUCCGUUUUUUCCAUUCGAUGCAAUCUUUUCCAGCUCUCUUCGCGUGGAGAGACUGUGUGCAGCACAACUGAGCGCUUGCUGUGCGAGAUCUUAGAUAGCUCACACGAGAUAAGGCAGGACUAUGCUGUCCGUAUUAUUGCAGGAAUGGAGGCCUUCUUGACAAGAGUAUAUCAAGAAGAUCUUAAUACGGCAAUGACUGCCCCCGGGGAGGAACCGCUGGCAUCCUUGCAGUAUACACAGUUUCCUCAGCGUCUCAUUACAUUUGUCCCCGAUGGAGGGCUGGUGAAUAAUUUGACUUUCAUGCAAGACAUUGCAGGACCCAGUGGAGCUCCUCAAAAGGUCAGAUAUGAGCUUAUUGGAACCAUAUCACAGGACUGCUUGGCUGUUUACAAGCUAGAUACUGUCGGUAGAUGGUGUAUGCUCGAAGGCAGUGAUUCUACCGGGCUCACCAUCAGUAUCAGGCCCAAUGACGUAGCAGAUAAUAGUUUUUAUGCCGUAUACAAGCAAGUCAGUGGCUCAGAAGGUGCAGUAGGAGUGCCCCUGGAUUCGUUGCACAACAUCAUGACACUGGCAUACGGUACCGACGAUACUCUGCGGCCGUCUGCAGAGAUACCGGAUUCUGAUCUCAAUCCGCUCAGCGAUUCGUCCUUGAAGAAAGAAAUAUCUCUUUUAAAAUCUCAGUUGGAGUACCGAACAAGGCGUGAAGAGAGAGCGACAGAAAAGGCACAAGCAUUAAGCGCAGAGAACCAUGAACUGAAGAAGAAGAUUGAGUCACUGAAAGUUGAUUUGAAAUUCGAAGAAAUGCUUACAAAAAGCGAACUUCUUCGUCAGCAGAGUGCAGCGGAAAAUGCAGAGCAGGACCGCAGGCUAGAUGAGCUCUUGCGUCUUCAAACAGAAUUGCGGCAACGUGAAAGCGAGGAGAAGAUCUUGAUAUUAGAGCUCGAGGAGGCUCGCAGGAGAAUCGCAGACUUGGUGCAUACCCGCGAGACAGCCGACAUAGAUGAAUACGAUGUAAUACUGAAGCAUUGCUACACUACCUUGGGUGGAGAUGAGGCAGACGUACCUGAAAAGCGCAAGGAGCUCCUGCUGAUGUUACAGAAGCAGUGCAUUGCAGUGUCGACAGAGUAUGACUUGAAUAACCCCUAUCGCAAAGGAAGCAUGCGGCUAUCAUAUGGUCCAGCAAGGGCCUCACAAAUGCGCAUGUCAAGAAGCAGGGCCGAUGCCCGAUCCAUAGCUCAGAGCUUGGAAGCGUUCCAUGUUUCAGACCUUCAAGACAAUGAGUUGGGGAACAGAAAGGUAAUAGCGACUACGCUUCUUCCUGUCAUUUGUUUCUUUAUUGGAAUAGCGAUCAUUGUUAUUUUUGCGAUGGCAUUCAACAGGAACGACGUCGUAUGA